UUUCUCUAGCCUCUCUUCUCAAUCACUCACCUUCCAAGAACAGCUUCAAUUCUCUCACUAAACUUAAUCAUCCGACUAGUAAAAGUCUUAACUCAGAUCUCAUCUCAAUGGAAAAAAUUGAGAGACAAACCGAAGAAGCAUCUUAUCUAGGGCUUCCUUUUCAUUUCCUCAACCAAACUCUUAAAGCUAUCUUAAGGUGUCUUGGAAUACUUAGACAUGAUCCUCCCACGGUUACGAAAACGUCGUCAGAUUCUGCACCCUUGAACCAGCCGGAGGAGGAAGAAGAUGUGGUCAUGGAAGACAACGUCGUUGUGGCGACUAUGGGCAGUAAAAACGGCAUCAUAAUAACGAGUAGGGGAACAAAGGUGAAAGCAAAGAGAAAGGACAAGGAAAAAGUUAGCUCGGGACGACCGGGGCAACAUCACUAGCAGUUUCACUACAUUAUUAUUAUUUAGUUUGAUUCUUUGCAGCCAGUUAUGAUUUUUGUUUUAAUAAAUGUUUCAAUAAUGGUAGUAUAGUGUUGUUGUUUGCAUUGAUAGUUCUUAAUGAUAUUAACUAUCUACGGACUACGGAUACAAAAUGGCUAAGCUA